AUGUCUUUUCAGUAUCCACCAAACAAUCCGUCGCUUUCUCCCUCCCCUCAGCGACCGUUCGAGAGCCACAAUUGGCGAGCUGCGAGUCGGAGCCCCGGUACCGGUGGGCUACCAGGUUAUGGUAUUUCGCAGUCCGCGGGGGUAGCCAACAACCUGAACAACAUCUUCGGUGGAGAUCGCACCCUCCCUAUGUACAAAGACAAGCCGUAUUUCGCGCCGCGGCGCACGGGGCCACGACACAGGCGGGGAAAGAUUAUAAAAGGCGGGAUCUUGCUGGUGUUUCUGGGGCUCGUCUGGUACUACGUGGCUAGACCGAGUGACUGGAGCCAACCUGCUUUGAGCACGCCGGACUCGGCCAAAGGAGAGGAACUCUGGGCCUGGGUGCAGAGCUUAGAUGACACGGACCCGGUCUACAACGGCGGCGAACCGAAACCCGUUGAUUGGACCGCACGCCGGGAGAAGGUCAGAGAUACGUUCGUUGUCAGCUGGGAUGGCUACGAGAAGUAUGCAUGGGGACUGGAUGUAUUCCGCCCUAUUUCCAAGGAUGGCAGAACCAUGGUGGACGGUGGCAUGGGGUGGAUGAUCGUCGAUGCGCUGGACACAAUGAUGAUCAUGAAUCUCACCUCGCGGGUGCAGCAUGCCCGUAGUUGGAUUCACUACUCCCUGCGGUACGACCAGAACCACGACGUGAGCACCUUUGAGACAACCAUUCGUAUGCUGGGAGGCCUUCUCUCUGCGCACUACCUCUCUACGACCUAUCCCCAACUCGCCCCGGUCGCCGACGACGACGUGGGCUCCCCGGGAGAAGAUCUGUACAUCGAGAAGGCAACCGAUUUGGCGGAUCGACUGGCGGGCGCCUUCGAGUCCUCGUCAGGGAUACCCUACGCCAGUGUGAACCUCAACACGUCCAAGGGCAUCCCAUCACACUCCGACGGGGGCGCUUCGUCCACUGCUGAAGCCACCUCCGUGCAGCUAGAGUUCAAAUAUCUGGCGAAGCUGACCGGUGAGGCUGAGUACUGGCGCAUUGUCGAGAAGGUAAUGGAAAUCGUGGACGACCAAAAGAUGGAGGAUGGCCUCCUUCCGAUCUACCUUUAUCCAGACUCUGGCAAAUUCAGGGGAAAUAACAUACGUCUCGGCAGUCGAGGUGACUCCUACUAUGAGUACCUCAUCAAACAGUAUCACCAGACCUUCGACCAAGAGCCCGUGUACAAGGAGAUGUGGGAUGAGGCCCUCAUGGGCAUGCGCAAGCACUUGAUCGCGUACACGAAAAACGCCCAGUUGAUGAUCUUGGGCGAACGACCUACGGGACUCCGCGAGGCCCUUUCGCCUAAGAUGGAUCAUCUGGUAUGUUUCUUGCCGGGCACGAUUGCAUUGGCUGCGACUGGCGGGUUGCCCCUUUCGCAGGCUAAAAAGCUCCCGACUUGGAGCCAGCGGCAUGACGAGGAGAUUCUGAUUGCCAAAGAGCUGAUGAAGACCUGCUGGGCGACGUAUCUCGCCACCUCCACCGGUCUUGCCCCUGAAAUCACCUACUUCCUCACGGACGACCCUCCCGUGAUGUUGAGCGACAUGUAUCCAGACUCCACCAUGGCCACGGGCAACCGCAAGUCGAAGCAAGAAGACCUACCCCUUAAAUCGAAACCCCUCUAUCCACUGGACGACGAAACCUCCAACUGGCGUGAGGACAUCAACAUCCAUAAACAGGACCGACACAACCUGCAACGGCCCGAGACCGUCGAAUCCCUCCUCUACAUGUACCGGAUCACCGAGGACGAAACCUACCGUCACUGGGGAUGGGAGAUGUUCAAGUCUUUUGUGCGCCACACGGCCGUCGUUGAGCACGAUGCGCCUUCCGCCGACUCUGUGGUCGAGGGCGAAGCUAACGUCAACGCCGACGGUGUCAAGAAUGAGGCCCAGGGCAAGUCUCGCAUCGUUGGCUUCACCUCUCUAUCCAACGCCAACAUCCUACCGCCAGGUCGCAGAGACAACACGGAGAGUUUCUGGAUGGCCGAAACCCUCAAGUACUUCUAUCUCUUGUUCUCCGAUCGAGAGUUCCUUCCUCUCGAAGAGAACGUUUUCAACACCGAGGCGCAUCCGAUGCCCCGGUUCAAACCGAGUGGCGAUUUGAAAACGGGGUGGACGCGGAAACCGCGAGAUUCGUGA